UUUCGAUUCUGGUAAAAUAUAGUCUUGCGCUUCUCGAUGCUUGCAAUUUUCCGGCUGAAAAGGCAUCUUCAUCAUGAUGCUAAAAAUUCGAUUUUUAUGUUGAUUUCCGUAAAAAGUGAAGAGUGCCGCUGGUCCAAAUAUCCGGCUGGAGAGUGUAAACCGAACAAACCGAAAUGUGUGGUUUUACCGAUAGGGGCACAUUUCAUUUGAAAUGUCGUAUGUCAAAUCAAAACAUGAUCAAUGUGCUUGCAUUUCACCCAUUCGACUUAUUGAAGUGAAACCGAAGAGAAAGUUGAAGAGAAAGACAGGGUGAUAGAUAGAUAGAGAAACAUUGAUUAAAGAUGACAAGUUUCUUGGGUGAAUUGAAUACGAUGCAAAUUCAAACCAACAAAGAUGCGUACGAAUGCCGGAUUUGUGAUAACGUGUUUCCAUCGCCGUUUCAGUUGACUGUCCAUUGUAUAAUAAUGCAUGAAUUAUUGCCGUGCAUUCAAUGUUUGAAACUCUUCGAGUGUGAGCAAUUGCUAAACGAUCACAAGCGAAUACAUCAUGAAAAUGAUAAACACGUUUGCGCCGAAUGUUCGAAUGAAUUUCCAACCGAAUCGCAUUAUCUAUCUCACGCAUCUCUUGUACAUUCAAUGAAACUCUGCACACUGUGCGAGCAAUUGAUUUCAAUAAAAGACCAACAACAACAUAACACAUUUGUGCACAAGACUGACAAUUCAUGUCAAAUAAAACUGUUCACCGUGCCGGUGAAACAAAAUGAAUUUUCGUGCCAUUUAUGCAAUGACAACAAAUCAGUGGAUCGGUUGGAUAAACUCUUUUUACAUUACCUGUACUACCAUAAGUGUUCAAUGAAAUCGUUGAUUCGAUGCUUUAUAAAUGAUAACAUCAUUAUAAAUUGCAUUAUUGAUGCGAAUGAGAAAUGUUCGAAUUGUGAACUUAAAUAUACGUGGUCAGUUCCAAAAAUGUUCCAUCAAAUCUAUUGUCUUGAUCAAAUUUACUGCAAAAAUUGUAAACACUAUUUCAACAAAGGCGAAAAGUACAGCGAACAUUUGAAAGACUGCCACCCCAAUGUAACUCAAUCCAGGCUGAAUUUCUGUGAUAAUUGUCCCAGCGAAAAUGAGCUAAACGAUGCAAUACACUUCAAUCAUGUACAUAAUUUUUCAUCGCAAUGCUCUUGGCACCAAGUCACCAGUUUAUUAAAUGCAAACAAUCAUUGUUAUUUCUGUUCGAUUAAUUUAAGUUCAAAAGUGGCCAAUUUAAAUGAGCUGAUUGAUCAUUUUCGCAUUGUGCAUCGAUUUAAUGCGAUGUCCAUUUUAAGCUAUUUAAAAACGGGUGAAAAUAAAAGAAAAACAAUGAAUGACGCCAAAAUACGUUGCGAUACAAAACGGAAGAAAGAGAAUAUCGCCGAGAUUUUCAUCGAUGGCAUCGAUAACAUUGAGUAUUCGUCUUCAUUCGAUACAAGUCUAGUCAAAUAUGUAUACUCAUCUGUAUCCGAUUAUGAUUCGACCGAUUCAGAAAAUGAUCGACCACGCUCAUCACAAUCGCAAUCGUAUCAAUGUGAACUGUGUGAUUUUCGAUCAAAAUCGAAAUUUGUUCAUGCCAUGCAUAUGCAUAAAAGACAUGGUUUCAUGAUGAAAACACCGGAAUUUCGAUGUAAUGUAUGUGCAAAAAUAUUUACAUCGAAUCGAAGUUUGAGAAAACACAAUCAAACUUCCCAUCAUAAAUUUCAAUCGGAAAAGAGAUUCGGCUGUUCGUUCUGUGAAUUUCGCUGCAAUGCCAAAGGAAAAAUGAGGCAACAUAUCAGCGAACAUAUUGAAGCAUCCUAUCAUCCGUGUCAUUCGAAAGACAUUGGUUACAGUUGUAAAUUCUGUCAUUUUAUAUUUUGGACAAGAGAAAUGUUGAGCAGUCAUCAAAUGAAUCGCCAUUCAGAUCGUAUAAAUGACAUGUAUUUGAUUUGCGGCCUUUGCUAUUCGACCUUUAAUAAUUUGUCAACGCUGCGAUACCACAAUAAAAGUAGACACUUUGAAUUCAAAUUGGAUGAUUAUUAUGCAUUUCAAUGUACAAUUUGUCGCAUUGUUUUAUAUUCGAUCGAUGCAAUUGGUUUGCACAUGCAACAGUGCCAUGAACAAUCACAAUCGUUGCACUGUGCAAAAAAGAACUGCAUGCAAAUCGUAUCGAAUGAGACUGAACUGAAGAGACAUUGGGCCGCACAUCAUACAAAAUCGAUUUUUCAAUGUUUGGAAUGUUAUAAAAAGUUUGAACGCAGGGAGUUCGUUGAAAAUCAUAUUGCUGUUGCACAUACAAAUAUCAAAUAAAGAAAUUAAAGUGAAUUUUAAAAA